UGUUAUUAGCAGUCCGAUCGCGCUGCCUCAGUCUAGGCAGUGGUUACCGGGCAUUCAGUGUGAUUUCUGUUUUUGUAUAUCAAAUUGCGGUCACAGUGCUAUCAGAUGCAGACUAGUGUCAGCUAAUGGAAAUGGUCUUUUUGUUUGUUGGUGUGCCCUUGGAUAGAUUGGCGAACCGCAUUUUGCAGUGAAUUUUGCCACAACUCUUCGCAUGAUGUCACAUUCGGCUAAAACUGAUGUUGUCAUCGUGUCUUUCGCUAGGACUCCGGUGUGCAGUUUUCGGGGCGCCUUGGCUUCGCUGAAAGCGCCCGAGCUCGGAGCACUAGCUAUAAAGGGUGCCAUCGAAAGAGCAGGAAUCAAGCCUGACCAGGUCGAAGAGGUGUACAUGGGUAACGUUCUUCAGGCAAAUGUGGGACAAGCACCUGCUCGACAGGCAUGUUUGGGCGCGGGGAUUCCUACGUCUGUUCCUUGCACAACCGUGAACAAGGUGUGCGCCUCCGGCAUGAAGGCUAUCGCUCUUGCUGCCCAGAACAUUAUGACUGGCAAUGCCGACAUUAUGGUUGCUGGAGGAAUGGAAAGUAUGAGCAAUGCGCCAUACUAUCUUGAUCGAGGGGAAAUGCCCUAUGGGGGUGUGACGCUGAAGGACGCGAUUGUAGCAGAUGGACUAACCGACGCAUACAAGCAAAUCCAUAUGGGUCUAUGUGCCGAAAACACAAAUUCUACCCUGGGCAUUACUCGAGAAGAGCAAGAUGCUUAUGCGCAGAAAUCGUACGAGCGAGCUCAAGCGGCGCAAAAGACUGGUAUCUUUGCCGCUGAAAUCGUACCUGUAACAAUUAAGGGUACACGCGGUAAGCCUGACACGGUCGUCACCGAGGACGAUGAGUGUAAAAAGGCUGACUUCGAGAAAUUCCCGCUGCUCAAGGCGGUAUUCAAGAAAGACGGCGGUUCAGUCACGGCCGCAAAUGCCAGCUCGUUAAACGAUGGUGCUGCAGCCCUCGUGCUUAUGUCUGAGGCGAAGGCAGUCGCUCUUGGGGUUAAACCCCUUGCAAGGAUUGUAGCUUUUGCUGAUGCUGCAACGGAGCCCAUUGACUUCCCCGUUGCCCCUGUGCUCGUUAUGCCGAAAGUUCUUCAGCGAGCUGGCAUCUCUCAGGAUAAGAUUUCAAUGUUUGAAGUUAACGAGGCCUUUAGCUGUGUGCCUAUCGCCGCCAUUAAAAAGCUCGAUAUUGACCCCGCAAAGGUGAACGUGAAUGGUGGUGCCGUUGCUCUCGGCCAUCCAAUCGGAAUGUCAGGUGCCCGUAUCGUCGGGCACAUGGCUGUCAACCUUAAACCCGGCGAGUAUGGCCUUGCUGGAAUUUGCAAUGGAGGAGGAGGAGCUGGUGGAAUACUCCUUCAGAAGUUUUAGCUGAUGAAUAAAAACCGUAGCCGUGCUGCCGCUGUUACUACACUGCUGUUGACGAAUAUGCAUUCUGGCGACAGAAAUGGCCAAGCUUUGAUUGCCGCUGUCCUUGCUAUCAACUCAGCUUGUCUCGAUCCCGAUCCAAAAGUACGCCCUGAAUCAUUUAACUAUGAUGGUGCCCAACUAAGAAAAAUGAAAAUGUAUCAGAAUUUAUCAGCA